CCCCUUUGCGUGUGCAUCAUGCACUCACUCGCCCGCCGGACUGCUUUCAUAACGGAGCGGAAUGGCGCUCUCUUACUACUGACGUCUUUCUAAAGAGGAGAUGCGCAGACCGAAAGGGGGCUGCUGAUGCGACCACCAGCUCGGCUCCUCUUUGUCUCUCUUCAACAUCCGCAUCGAGGAGCACCUUUUGGGGGGAGGCAGAAGCAGAAGAAGAAGGAGGAAGGGAGGCAGCGAGGCAGCGAGAGGGGGCUAACCGAGGAUGGAGUUCAAGCAUCUGGUGGAGGCGGCCGAGAAGUGGUGCUCGGGGAACCCGUUCGAGCUAAUCUUCGCCGAGGAGGACGACGAGAGGCGGCUGGACUUCUACGCGGAGCCCGGCGUCUCCUUCUACGUGCUGUGCCCCGGCGGAACCGACACUUUCCAUGUGUGGAGCGAGAGCGAGGACUGCCUACCAUUCUUACAGCUGGCUCAGGAUUACAUCUCGUCCUGUGGCAAGAAGACCCUGCUGGAGGUGCUGCAGAAGGUCUUCACGUCCUUCAGGCCUCUGCUGGGGCUCCCUGACAUAGAAGACGAGACGUUUGAGCACUACCACGCCGACGUGGAGGGCGAGCCGGGGCCUGACCACCAGCAGAUGGGGGUCAGCCAGCAGUGACAAGCACCCCCCACACCCCACACCCCACACACACACACCAGAGAGGAGGGAGGAAGCUGGCCAGAGGUCCUGGGGGCCUCACUACUGAUACACACACACACACACACACACAGGGCCAACUUACUAAGAAAAUGCACCACCAUGUUCUUGAAUGUUGCUUUGCUUUCUAAAUGCGCCCCCCCCCCCCCCCCCCCCCACCCCAUACACAGAAACAUAACAGGGCUAUGGGACCUACGCCACCGCGCAAGUUUCAUAAUCUUUCACUGUUUUUGGUUAACGUUCCACGGCAUGGCAUCGGUUACGGCAACACGCACUACUUCCCGGGAGACGAAUGUGACCGUUAACCCACUUUCUACGCUCGCCCGGUGACAACAUGCAAACACCAGGGAGGAGAACGGAUGGGUGGGAAAAAAAUACGAGAUGAGGCGAGGCAGAUUUUUCCAUUUGUGGUAUUAGGCGAAUCUCAAGUGUUUUGACUGUGAUCGCAAAAAAGCAUUUUACGCAUUUCCUUAUCACGAGGGGCAUGGAGAAUUACUCGUAUUACAUCACCGUACAUGGACAUUUUUUUUUUCCAUCCUUUUGCUAUCUUGUGACUGUCACAACAAAAGGCCCUGUGCUGCAGAGUUCGCUCUUCCUGGUUCCAGUGUCACAUGACACCCUCGUUUAUCUUCUCUAUCUCUUAAAUGUGGUCUUCCUAGUUGUUGCCUUGCCUCUCCCAGCACAAGCCGUUCACAUACGUUUCACUUAGGCGUACUUUAAUAAAAUGCAUACCCAAAUGGCAGCGUACACUCAUUAUAGGGGUAGUAUGUACAUAUUUGGUCCUGGAAAAGGUACAACGUUACCUCCAACAAUCACAGGUACAGUACAUAAGCAUUUACACUGUAUUGUACGUAGAGGCACAGAAAGGGACUCUGGUUGUACACCUCUUUUUUUACAACAGUGUAAAUCUGAUUUCUGUUGCUAUUUGGCGCUUGGAGCCACGCUGCCACCCACCACCGCCUUCACCACAGAGAUGGUUCAUCUUUAGCCUGUGUUUGUGUCAUUCUAGGCCUCUUCCAAUGUUCCUCAUGCAGUGUAUCUUUAUUGCGUUUGUCCCCGAGACGCACGUGAAAGCGUGUAUGUGUGUGUGCAAUUGUUCCAAUAAAGGGUGUGA